AUGCUGGCAACGAUGACUCCGACUCCCGACGUGGACAAUCGUAUUUGUCCUGGCUGUAAACGUUCAGCGGUAACGGAGCAGGGCGGUCUGGUGGUUGCUUUUGGCCAAUCCUUCUUCCAUGUCGACUGCUUCAAAUGCGCGAAGUGUGGAGACCAGGUCACUGCAGACACGAAUCUCCUCUUGCUUUCGGAUGGGUCACCAAUUUGCGCCAACUGUUCUUACAGUUGCAAUGUCUGCCACAACCCCAUUCUCGACGAGGCAAUCAUGACUGGAGACGACUCCUACCACGCCCAUUGCUUCAAAUGCAAAGUCUGCCACAACCGCAUUGAGGAACUCGUUUUCGCCAAGACAAGCCAGGGCAUAUACUGCAUGAAGUGUCAUAACGAGCGGAUGAUCAAGAUACGAAAGCACACACAGAAGAAGGCAGAGAGAGAGAAGGCAGCGAGUGGGUCAGCGAAUUCGAGAGAGUAUCGCCCACAGCCAUCUCCGGGUCUUAUACCCGAUCAGCCUUCAACACCACAUACGCCUCGAUCCAGGCCACCCGACAUUCGUUCACCUGGAAGGCAAAGAAACGGCCCAUAUAUCAGCGAUGCAUUCGAAGCUCCAUCAUCACCCGCAAUUGACACUGGAGCCAAGACUUUGUUUACUCCGACAGAAGAGCGCCAGAACCCACUUAAGAAAUCGACAUUGCCACUCCCGCCAGUUGUUUCAACAGAGGGAAGCUCACCCAGAAGGAAAAGCUUUGAUGACAGGGCGCGUCCUUUAAAUGCGUUAUUCCCACCCGACGAAUCUGGGCCACCCCGUUCAGGCCUGACUGUCUCAACUUCGCGUCAAGAACGGCGUCGUUCAAUAAAUCCAGCUCUGACACUCAACCAUGUCGCUCAGCGGACAGCCACACCUCCACCACAAUCUCCUGCCCUUUCCCCACCUUCUGCUACACUAAAAAGCAGCAGUCAACCGCCAUCACCUUCCCGAACACCUUCACCCCGACCAGAAAGCUCGUCGUCACGGCCAGCUAGUUCAUCGAGUGCAUCACCUCAAACACCCUCAGAUGACCACUCUCAAGAUCAAACUGUGGUGAUGAGCCCCAAUUCGCGACCUGAGAUCAUUUUGGAUUCAGUUCCGCCCAAGAAAACUGCAGGACGAAUUGAGGCAAGAAUUUCAGUUACUCUGGAUGGUCGCAGACCGUCUGUUGAUCGACCGCCGUCCAGCAAUGGCCGAACCAGCUCUGAUUUGCUCAGGUCAGAAACACCAUCAUCUCUCUCUCGUCGGGCGGAUGUCCCCCACAGUGUUGAAAGUGGUACCGAUACCGAGGAAGGCGAAAUCCAGCCAUCAAUGGACAGUCCACCACCUCCACUCCCACCAAAAGAGCCCCCCUCUAUCCAGUCACCCAAACUCCCCACUUCUUCUCUCGAAGACCAGGAUACUUCGAUUGCCUACCAACUAGAUAGUUCAGAUGAGAUGUCCGAGUCUUCUCCGGUCGAGCAUACGUCUCAUGCGACCUACAUUGCGCCAGCGUUGCCCCCAAUACGCAUUUCAAUGACUUCCUCUGACUUUUCUGAUCUUUUCAAGUCCGUCGAAGGGCAAAAAUCAAAGCAGCUCGCAAAUAUCUCAGAAGACUCAGAUGGUCCUAUUCCUAUGACACCUCCGCCAACUGCUGCCACCGCUUAUUCGAUUGAUACUGCCUUGACUCCCACAAGCGAGGCUACGUUCACUAUGGAGUCCUUUUCCACGCAAGCAACGUCAGAAGAAUCGGCCGCAACCGCACCUCGAUUUGUGUCACCGGCUCCAAGACUCCAAAGUUUGGGCAAAUCCAAGACAAGCUCAGAGGAGCAACAUGUCGAUGGCAGUCGCUUGCGGUCAUUAUCCGAAUCUCAACCGAGGGAACCGUUAACGCGCGUAACCAUUACUCGAGCCGAUUCAGCCACUGCUUCUUUAGGCGUGCCAUCCGACCCAGAGAACAUGGUUUUGCUUCGAUUACGCGAAGCAUUAGCUGAUGCUCGGGACCGGGGAGCACAACAGCUUAAGCUUGACAGAGGCUUUCUCGAGGCUAUCCUUGGUGCAAUGGAAUCCAGAGAUGCCGAGUCUGCGAGUCUAAAGGCUAAGUUGGACGGUUUCAAGAGGCAGAGCAAGCAGUAUAUUGACGGUCUAACUGUUGCCCAGACAGAGUACGACAGUGAGCUCAAGGCCCGACGAGAGGCUGAAGCAGAAGUCACGCGGUUGAGAGUUCUUGUUUCUGGUCAAGCUGCCAGACUGACCGCACUGUCUGGCGAGUCUCGGCGUCAGGAGCUUCACCAACAGUUAUCGAAAGAGCUUCACGACAAUCUCUCUGACUUGGAGCAUGAUGUUUCCAAGCUUCGAGUGGAAAGGGAGAUGGCUCUUGCUGAGGUGGAGGAGCUUUCGGCCACGAAACAAACAUCGCAGGAGGCCCGUCCAAAGAAUUUGGGUCGUUCAUUGACGAUGCGACUCGAUUCGAUCAAGAAGCAAUACCAACGUGAUCUGAUUCCUUUGAAAGAGGAAAGAGAAAGUUUGGCACGAGAGAUAAUGGAGCUCAAGGGCGUGAGGGAUGUCUUCCUUGAAGAAACGACGGUGUUGAAUGCUCGCAACGAAGAGCUGGCUCAACUAAGCGCGCAAUACGCUCGUCGUAUGGUUCCUGUCCCAGAAACCCCAUCAAAAACUCCUCAGUCCACACCAUUCCGACCCCAACAUUCAACUCAGCAUUCAGCCCAUUUGCUGACUAUGAUGACACCGCAGGCAGCUGCUUCAACCUCGAGCUUAGAUAAUCUGAAAGUCCAAGUACGACCAGACUUGGAUGCGCCUACACCUUCUAAAGGUCGACAAGUCUUCAAAUGGCCGGGAUCAAGGACAAAAGAGCCAAGCGCUGCACUUCCACCUCCGCCUGAGCCUCCCAAACCAAAGCCUCAGACUGCUCACAAUUUCCAACAAUUGAGUGUACUCCGGUUUACUCGUUGUGAUCAUUGCGGUGACAAGAUGUGGGGCUCUCAAUUGCGAUGCACAUCCUGUAACAUCUCUGUUCAUGUCCGUUGCGUCAACCAUGUUCAAGUGGCAUGUUCCUUGCACGCUGACGGAGGACCGGAAGAAGACCUUCCGCCUUCCAUGUUUGGACGAGAUUUGAUUGAGCAGGUCCAUGCAGACGCCGUCAAAGGUGGUGAUCGACAGACACCUGUCAUCGUUGAAAAGUGUAUCGAAGCCGUAGAAACCCUAGCUAUGGAAUACGAAGGAAUUUAUCGCAAGAGUGGCGGCUCGGGACAGUCGAAAACCAUCACCCAGCUAUUUGAAAGGGGCGACUACGAAUCUUUUGAUCUAUGCGACUCGGACCGAUUCAACGAUAUAUGCAGUGUCACCUCCGUCCUCAAGACAUACUUCCGCUCCCUCCCCAUCCCAUUGCUCACCUUUGAGCUCCAUGACGAAUUCAUGUCGGCUGUCCAAAACCGUGAACCAUCUCUGAAGCAUCGGUCGCUCUUGGAGCUCGUCAAUAAGCUUCCUGUUGAGCAUUACUUUACUCUCCGUCGACUGAUGGUUCACUUGCACCGUAUUCACCAGCGCUGCGAGAAGAACCUGAUGACCGCACGCAAUCUUGGGGUCGUGUUUGGCCCAACCUUAAUGCGGUCUCCGGACCCUGGUGCAGAGUUCAGCGACAUGGCUGGCAAAGCGCUUUCAGUGGAGUGGUUCAUCGAAAAUGCCCCUCAAAUAUUCCCUCCGUCAUGA